GCUGCUGCAGUGAGUCUCGCUCGGCGGUUCUCUGGUCGCGUUCUGUCCGGAUUAAACUCCGUCUGGUUCUGGGUCGGACCCGCCGGUUCAGGAACGAGAUGUCGCUGAACCUGAGCAAGAACGGCGCCGCUCUGAUGGCGGCCUACAAGGACGUGGUGGACGGGAAGUCGCAGAAGAACUGGGCUCUGUUCACCUACGAAGGCAACAGCAACGACCUGCGCCUGGCAGAGACCGGAGAUGGAGGAUUGGAGGAGCUGGUGGAGGAGCUGAACAGCGGGAAGGUGAUGUACGGGUUCUGUCGGGUCCAAGAUCCGAACUCUGGUCUGCCCAAAUACGUCCUCAUAAACUGGACAGGUGAAGGUGUGAAGGACUCCAGGAAGGGAUUAUGUGCCAACCACGUGAGCUCCGUCGCCGGCUUCCUGAAGGGAGCCCAUGUGACCAUCAACGCUCGCGGGGACGAAGACGUGGAGCCGGAGUCGAUCCUGGAGAAGGUGGCCAAAGCUUCUGGAGCCAACUUUGACUUCCACCAACGGAAACAAGGAUACAGAGACGCCCCGAGAGGCCCGGUGGUGAGAGACGGCACUGAUCAGGGUCCACUGAUCCGAACCCGGAUCACUGCUGAUCAUCCCGGUUUAUUCUAUACGACCUGAUGAGUCCAGCAUCAGUCCUGCUGUUAGACCUGACCUGUGGCUGAUCACGUUUUAUAAUCUAACAAGUGUUUAAAAUCUGUUUCUAUGUGAGUUACAGUGUGCACGCUUCAGACCCAAAAUUAAUCAAAACCUGUUCAAAAUGACAAACACCUGCCUGAAUCGAAACUGCCUGAAUGUCUCACAAAUAGUCAAAAAAUGUCCAAAAUGACAAAAAAUUACUCAGAACUCAUCCGAAGUGACUCAAUAUG